UUUAAUUAACUUUUACUUGUUCCCUUUUGCCGUUUCAAUCCAAAUUACUGCAAAUUAAUCAAAAUAUUUCCAAAUCCAAAUCAAGCUUUUCUCUCCGACUUUUUAAUUUUCGUUUUUCUUUAAAAAAAAAAUUUUGGGGGUAUAUAUCUGAUGUGUAUCUCUACUCGGCGGAGGCAUGCUUGUGGCCUACUCCUUCCACUGAGAGAUCAAUCCAAUUGAUCAGAAGAAGGAAGAAGGAAUAAGGAAGAAAGAAGAAAGAAGAAAAUGGAGAGGCACAAGUGCAAGCUCUGCUUGAAGAGCUUUGCCAAUGGCAGAGCCUUGGGCGGCCACAUGAGAUCCCACAUGAUGAACCUCUAUCUUCCUCAGGAACAAGAAGAACCCUUUCAUGGCGGCGGCCAUGAAGAGAGUGAAUCGGCGGCAUCUUCGUCGUCAUCGUCUUCUUCUUCAUCCGAUGAGGAGAAAGACUUGUUGGGUUAUGGGUUGAGAGAAAAUCCGAAGAAGAGUGUUCGGCUGGUUGACCCAGAAUUCUCCUUCGUCGGCUCGGUGGUGCUCCAGGACAGAGAAAGCGAGACGGAGUCCUGCAAGAACCCGAUUCGGCGCCGGUCCAAGCGGAUUCGCCGGUCCAGAGUCUCCGUACCCGAGUUGAAGCGGCCCAAAUCCUGCUGGCCGGAGCCGGAGCCUGGGAGCUCGAUCUCCGGCACCACGACGGAGGAAGACGUUGCCUACUGCCUGAUGAUGUUGUCCCGGGACAAGUGGAAAGACCGCCCGGAACCAGGCGAAGAGCUGGAUCAAACCGAUGACGAACUCGACGAGCUCAACAAGCCGACCAAGCAGCGCCCGCGAGGGAAGUACAAAUGCGACACUUGCCACAAAUUUUUCCGAUCCUAUCAAGCGCUCGGCGGCCACAGAGCCAGCCACAAGAAAGCCGGCGCUUCCAUCAACAAUGGCGGCGGGGUCGGCGUUACGAACGUUGAAUCGGUAAAUGCGGGAUUUCCCGAGGAGAAAAUCCACGAAUGUCCCGUUUGUUUCAGAGUAUUCUCGUCCGGCCAAGCCCUCGGCGGCCAUAAGAGAUCGCACGUUACUGGUUCCUCGUCAUUAAAUCCUAGUACUACUGCUAAACCGCCGUCGAAGUUCGGCGAAACGUUGAUAGAUCUCAAUCUUCCGGCGCCGGUAGAUGAUGAUGAGUUCUCGGCGGUUUCCGAUGCUGAGUUGCUCAACCCCAUCAAGCGAUGAUUGAUUGAAUGAGCCAUUGCGAGUAUAAUUAAGAUCACAUCAAUUUUCCUUCUUUUUUUUAUCAAAUGGAUUCACAUAAUCUUCUUCCCAUUCGUUACCAUUACGGUAACUUUCUUUUUUUGUUUUGGUUUUUAACCCUCGAAUUAUGUUUUCUCAUUGUAACAUCUGAUUUGGAGCAUUAAAUUCAUAGAGUAACCUGAAAAUUUACUUCGUCUUCCUAGCUAGAUCUACAUGUGUACGUAUAUGUUGUACUUAUAAUUUGUAUAUAGUUUCCAGCAGUUGUAGCCAAAUGCUUCUGCAAUUCUUCCAGAAAAAUGGUUUUUUUUUUUUAAGUUUGUCAUUUGUCAAUCAAGAACCAAUUUCAAUUUUAUUAUCAAAAAAUA